GUAGCCAACCUGAAUGCAAAGGAUAAUUCCUUCAGUCUGAAGGAACAUUUAUUUAAAGACAUUCAGAAAGAUUGGCCUGGCUACACUGAAAUAGACAGACAGGUUUUGGAGAUAAGACUUUCUAGAAAAUCAGCUUCCUCUCAGAAUGCCACCAGCACCAGCCAUUUGACACCUCGGGGACCUUCUGAUACAGAUGCUCCAUCAAGAACUUCUGAGAAACGGCCUCUGGAUUCCAAUUUCACCUUCCCUGUGGUGAGCAAAAAGCAGAGGAUUGGUCGCCUGGCCAGUCGAGUCCAGCCAGCAGCCGGUGGCCUCAGUCCUGCUUCCUCAACACUGCCUCCCACAGUCCUUCCGACUUCUAACACAUCUGAAACUGUCAGCUCCAUUUUCCCCUGCACCUCCGAGGUGCAACAAAAGGAUAUGCCUCAGACUCCUUUUGGAAUCCCAGCACCUGCCCCGAUGCAGGGGGAGUCUCCCAAGCCUAGAGAGAAGAAAGAAGACAGAAAGAGGCUGAAAACAUCCCAGCCUUUGGAUUUCACUGAAGGUAUCAAUGCCCUGAUUUUCUUAACUCCUGUGAGGGUAAACCCUGGUGAAAAGGGAGCACUGAAACCAGGGACUGGAUAUAUGAAGGCUUUGCUAUGUACUAGUGCUCUACCAUUAUCCCUGCUUUAUGGUAAUGAAAAAUUCACACUUUUUUAUGCCACUGUACUACACUGUAACUGUUAUCUUAAAUGACAACAUUACCAAAACUCAGAAACUGUU